UCCGGAGGGAGCCUCAAGCUCCUCUUGAGCUCCCAGCCGCGCAUCCCGAUUUCUACAGUCCAUUUUCCCGUGGGAGACAGGGGGCUCUGGGCGUUACAAGCUUUAUUAAGAGACUGGCAGUGGUUCAUUCAGACCUCUGAACCCCUCGCCCUCCAAGAGCUGUCCUGGGUUUUGCAACUCAGAAUCCCCUAAAGCAUCCCCGUGGCUCUUUCUGCUCGUUUUGCUCACAGCUUAGGAUCAGUUUCCACGACUCCGCGAGUAUUUGCGUGGGCACUUGUGCUGGGGCCAAGCCCAGAGGGAGUUGGACUGCGCGCGCGGAGAACGUCAGCGCGCCGGCAGACCUCAUGCACUUCGCACUGGCCAUCUACGCGUCGGUCUGGAGGUAGAGCGCUUUGGAAAGGAGGCUCCUGGCUUCCCGGCAGUCCGGAGCUGCGCCAGUUAAUGGCUGUGCCACGCCGGGCUCCAGCCCCUCGGCCGCUUCUUCCCAAGCUUCCGAGUGCCCAGACGCCCCGGAGCGGCCAGAGGCAGCGCGCAGGCAGCAGCGGGGCGAUGCGCCCCGCCGGCGCUCGUAGGAGCUGCUUUCUCCGCCACCGCUGAGGUCUACCCCAGGCGCCAGGUGGCUGUGAGCUGCAGGCGACAGGCCGGGUGUCUAGAGAGGGCGCAGGCGGCGGGGCGCAAGAAGAACGCCCCAGCGCCCGCAGCCCCACCGACCCCCCUCGGCUGGGAUGUUCCCCAAUGGCACCGUCUCCUCUGCUUCCUCCUCUCCCAGCCCCAGCCCGGGCAGCUGCGGCGAAGGCGGCUGCAGCCGGGGCCCCGGGGCCGGUGCUGCGGACGGUAUGGAGGAGCCGGGGCGAAACGCUUCCCAGAACGGGACCUUAAGCGAGGGUCAGGGCAGCGCCAUCCUCAUCUCUUUCAUCUACUCCGUGGUGUGCCUGGUGGGGCUGUGUGGGAACUCCAUGGUCAUCUACGUGAUCCUACGCUAUGCCAAGAUGAAGACGGCCACCAACAUCUACAUCCUCAACCUAGCUAUUGCCGACGAGCUGCUCAUGCUCAGCGUGCCCUUCCUGGUCACCUCCACGUUGUUGCGCCACUGGCCCUUCGGCGCCCUGCUCUGCCGCCUCGUGCUCAGUGUGGAUGCGGUCAACAUGUUCACCAGCAUCUACUGUCUGACUGUGCUUAGUGUGGACCGCUAUGUGGCCGUGGUGCACCCCAUCAAAGCAGCCCGCUACCGUCGUCCCACAGUGGCCAAGGUGGUGAACCUGGGCGUGUGGGUGCUGUCGCUGCUUGUCAUCCUUCCCAUCGUGGUCUUCUCACGCACGGCGGCCAACAGCGACGGCACAGUGGCCUGUAACAUGCUCGUGCCCGAGCCUGCCCAGCGCUGGCUGGUGGGCUUCGUGUUGUACACUUUUCUCAUGGGUUUCCUGCUUCCCGUCGGGGCCAUCUGCCUUUGCUACGUGCUCAUCAUCGCCAAGAUGCGCAUGGUGGCCCUCAAGGCCGGCUGGCAGCAGCGUAAGCGCUCGGAGCGCAAAAUCACUCUAAUGGUGAUGAUGGUGGUGAUGGUGUUUGUCAUCUGCUGGAUGCCUUUCUACGUGGUGCAGCUGGUCAACGUGUUCACCGAGCAGGACGAUGCCACGGUGAGCCAAUUGUCCGUCAUCCUGGGCUAUGCCAACAGCUGCGCCAACCCCAUCCUCUAUGGCUUCCUCUCGGACAACUUCAAGCGCUCUUUCCAGCGCAUCCUGUGCCUCAGCUGGAUGGACAACGCCGCGGAGGAGCCCGUCGACUACUAUGCCACAGCCCUCAAGAGCCGCGCCUACAGUGUGGAGGACUUCCAGCCCGAGAACCUGGAAUCUGGAGGCGUCUUUCGUAAUGGCACCUGCACUUCCCGGAUCACUACUCUUUGAGCCCGGGCCCUGCCCUAAGGAAGGGGGAGAGUGAGGGGUUAGGAGGCGGAGUGUGAAGGAGAUUAUCUGUAGGCGCCCGGUGCGAUGGGGGUUCCCUAGGCUAGGCUCCUUUGUCCCUUGCCCCUCGGGGGGAGGGACCUAGGAAAGCCUCAGGAAGACCAAGGUAGAACUGAGAGCUUCGCUUACAGUUUGGGAAGGCUUUCUGCCCACCUUCUUCUGUCUCCCCCUUUUUGCCUCCUCCUCCACUGUGCUUGCUGCUCCGCAUCCCUUUAUUCCCCACACGCUGUAACUUCCCUCCUUCCCUGCCCACCGUCCCGCCUGUGCAGAUCACUCACUCAAUGCCGCCGCCUCUCUCCAGUCCGCAGCCUCUCCAGCUGUUAUUUCUGUUUGUUUUAACUGAGCCUAGGUUGCAGCCACGUUUCCCUCUGGGUGGGUUCCUACUCUGCCUGGUGCUCCUGGCAGUGACUGGGGAGCUACCGCUCUCCUUUUGGGGAUCUUCCACUUGAGACUGAACUAGGCAGACUUAAACUUUGAGAGAAGUCGCACUCAGACAUGAACUGGGCAGCAUCCUUCCGUGGCACACUCCACAGCCCCGAAUCCACCCUGAGCAGAGCCAGGUGCUUAGUAAGUAAACCAGGUCUGUGGUUCGCACACCAAGCAGGCGCUUUGCAGUCCCGCACCCUCGCUCCCUUUGAAGCAAAAAGGAGCUUGAGAACAAGCCUUUGUAGAUCACUGGGUUGCCAAGGGAGUGCCCUAUCAUCCAGCCUCCUUCCUGGCUCAGAAGUGAGCUCUCUGUUUCAAAACUCCUACCCCCCUAGAGCAGCUGUUUCUGUGGGGCUAGGGAGAGGGCACUUUCCUAGGGCACUACGCUGAAGCCAAGAAGCUCCCUCUCUAGGUUUCUUCGGAAGUGGACCUGACCUAAGAAUCACAACACACUGGGUUUCCUGCUCCAGUUUAGGUCCUUAGGGGCAAGGAGGCAGAGACCUAGGGUGACAACUUAGAACCUUGGCCAAAAUUGGCCAUGUGACCACAGCCUGCAGGCUGGAGCACAGUCUGUCUGGCCUGUGAGGGUGGCUGCCUUUCAAGUGGUGCCUAAAAAGUUACUUUCUUGUUGAACAUAUUUAUUUAUUUAUUUAUUGGUGGUGUUGGAAAAUGUGUUUGUGCUUUCCUGUCUCCCCUUGCCUUGCCCAGGCGUUUUCUUGGGGGAGCCGGAGGGGUUAGAGUGGAGUGGGAAUGGAGGAAACUUUCUCCCGCUCCAAGGCCUCCUCAGAACUUUCUCUCUGCUGGACCUUCUUAUCUUUUCCUCCAGCAUUUCUAUUUUUGCUGUGUCCAGUGAAAUUUGGAGAUUUUUCAUAUUUUUUUUAUUGUUGCUGCUUGUCUUAUAAUAAUAAAAUAAAUGACAGUGUGGGCUAGCUUCCUGUCCAUGCAGAGUGAAAAGCCUGGGACUCCUUGCUUUCUAGGAAAUACAUACAGGGGAAGCAUCACUCUACAUGUGAGUUUUGUGUGUAUGGGUAUGUAUGCGUAUACUCAUAUUAUAUAUAUUUAUCUGGUCCCAUUGUCAUGAGUCCAUGAAACAAUUUCAAGUAUAGCCACUAACAGUGACAAGUGUGGCUCCGGCUAGAAAAUUUUCAGGUGUAGGGGUGCAAGCAGCACUCAAUCUAGAACUGAGAAAUCUAAUUCAAAGACUUUAAUCGUGGCUGAGAAUGUCCCUACUUCUUCUAGGUUCCAGCAGAAAUGAUUCUUGCAAUCCAGUUUACAUAGUCACUACUUUUUGAGAACACUGAAAGUGAAAUGAUUUGUGUUUAUGUUUAAUCUUGCCAACUACAUUGAUAAUCCUAGCAGGGCAAGGACCAAUAAUUUUACUUCUUUGUAUUUCUUGUAUUGCUUAGUAUGCUGGCUUGUACAUAUAUGCACUAGAUACAUGUUUGUUGUUUGAUUGUUGAAAUAAGCCAGAGUGUAUUACAAUGAUCUGGAGAUAAUAAUCUGGGAUUCUCAGGUUCUCUCAUUGAUUUGAUACACAAUGGUUGAACUUACUGUAGAAAAAGGUGUUUCCUGUAUAUUUGCUUCAACAUUGUGCUUUUCUAAAAGCAGUAAACAACAGCUAAAUAUUUCUAAUGUUUAGUUUAAACUAAUGAACAAAUAUCCUUUUGAUCAGAAGUCUGAAAGUUUAGAUCUGUCCCUUAAUAAUACUAUAUAUUAUUACUCUUUUGGAAAAUAGAUUUUUAAUGUUUAAGAACAGUGGAAUUUACAAAUCAAAAUCUUGAUCAUCAUCCUCUUAACAGGAGACCAAUCUAGUCCUCUUUACCUGCUAUCACUGUAAUACUAACUCAAUAAACAGAUGUCUGAUGCUACUGCAAGUCCUCCGACUGCCGCUUGAAUUUUA